AUGAUCGCCUUAUUUCGACCGUAUACAAAAAAAGCAUCAAAUAGUAUUCUUAUCUUAUGGAUUUUACUUAUUUUUGUUGGCAUCGGAAGUUUAUAUUUUCAUGCGACGCUCAGCCUUGCUGGGCAGCUACUAGAUGAAAUAUGCAUACUGUGGGUAUUGAUGGCGGGAUAUGCAUUAUUUUUACCGUCAAUCUAUCUUCCCCAAUCAUGGCGUUUACAACGGUAUCGAUUUGUGUACGGAUGUAUUAUAAUAGCGAUAGUAAUAACAUCUUUAUCCGUUGUAUAUCCUUAUGCAAAUGCAUUUGCUCUAAUGUUACUUGGUUUACCAGCCAUUGCGUUUAUGGGUACACAUAUAGCAAGAUGUGAUAAUCGUCGAAUUAAAGAUUUAGGCAUUAGAUGUUUAGUACUAUGGACAAUAGCUGUUACUAUUUGGAUAUGUGAUCGAGUAUUUUGUCCAUUUUGGUUAAGUAUUUCAUUUCCCUAUUUACAUGCCAUUUGGCAUGUAUUAAUUAUAUUCAGUAGUAAUCAAGCUAUUGUCAUAUGUUCAUAUUUAAUUAUUAAACAAAAUUAUCCACAAAUUCAAUUAAAUUUACAUUAUUGGCCAUACGAACAUUGGGAAUAUUUUGGAAUACCAUAUGUUAAAUUUGCAAACGAUGUGGAUCUAUUAACAAGUCAUAACAUAAAAGCAGUUGUAUGA